AUGGCUUCAAAGAAGGUAGUAAAUUCAGUACUAGCUUUGAGGGUUGUCACUCUUCUGCUUCUAGCCGCCUCUGUUGUGGUUAUGGUACUGAAUAAGGUCAAAUUUAGUGAUGGCUCUAAGUUUUCCUUCAGUGAUCUUCAUGCUUACAGGUACGAGGUGGCAGUGGUAGGUGUUGGUUUUGUUUACACUCUGAUUCAACUCCCUUUUGCUAUAUUCCAUGCCGCCACAGGGAAGAGAUGGAUCAAAGGUUCUUUCCUACCGGAGCUCGAUUUCUAUGGCGAUAAGGUGGUCAGCUGGAUUUUGGCAACAGGAGUUGGAGUUGGAUUUGGCAUAACAUUUGAGGUAAAAAGAUUCUUGGAUCAAUUUUUCACUGCCUUUGAGCAAGUCGGUGGUGCCGCCGACGGGGGAAAUCAAGAGUUAAAGGAAACCGAAUCCAAAACCUCUAAAUUCUUUGAUAGAGCGGACAUAGCAACUGGCAUUCUUCUUGUUGGUUUUGCAAUCAUGGCAAUAACCUCUGUCCUUACAUCCUUGAAGAAGAGGUCCAAAUAUUAA